AACGGUUCUCAUUUAGCCCAUCCCCUAUCUCGACCACCAUUGGAUUGGGAAUUGGGACUUGGGAGAGAACACCAAACACGAUUUCGAGGUUGAAUCACAAGCUUUUCACGAACUCCUCUCCCCAGAGCUGAAAGCUUAAAUCUUGAAUUGCAUAAAUGGCCACUUCAUCCAUUUUAAUCUCAACCCAAUUCCUUCAUCUACCCAAGCAGGGAACACGACUGUUCCUUCCUUCUUCAUCCUCCAGGACUCAUGGAUUCGCCAAGAGAGAAAUACGCGUACACCACCUGCAGAAUCAGAGGAAAUUUCCGCUGUUAUCAGUGGCUGCGGUGGGUGAAACGCCGGUGGAGGCGGAGAGUGCGGCGGGGGAGGAUUCGGCGGAAUUCGAACUGUCCAAACAGAAGAUUUCGUCUUGGGUUUAUUUCUCUGUAGUUCUUGCCGCUGUUCUCUAUGCCCUCAACUUCAUCUGGAUUGAUAAUUCCACUGGCUUAGGCAAAAGCUUCGUGGAUGCUGUUUCCAGUCUCUCAGACAGUCAUGAGAUUGUAAUGUUCGCCCUUACUCUAAUUUUUGCAAUAGCACACAGUGGCCUUGCCAGUUUUAGAGACCAGGGGGAGAGACUCAUAGGAGAGCGAGCAUUCCGCGUAUUAUUUGCUGGAAUAUCUCUUCCAUUGGCUGUUAGCACAGUUGUGUAUUUUAUAAAUCACCGAUAUGAUGGGGUGCAGUUAUGGCAAGUGCAGAGCUUUCCCGGGGUGCAUCAGCUUGUUUGGUGUUCUAAUUUCGUUUCUUUCUUCUUCCUCUACCCAUCAACAUUUAAUCUGUUAGAGGUUGCAGCUGUAGAUAGACCAAAGAUGCAUCUUUGGGAAACUGGGAUCAUCAGAAUUACUAGGCACCCCCAGAUGGUUGGGCAGGUGAUAUGGUGCCUGGCCCACACGCUAUGGAUCGGGAACUCUGUCACUGUAGCAGCGUCCUUGGGUUUGAUAGGCCACCAUCUUUUCGGGGUGUGGAAUGGGGACCGCAGGCUGGCGUUGCGAUAUGGGGACGGUGCAUUCGAAGCCCUGAAGAAGCGGACGAGUGUCAUCCCGUUUUUAGCCAUUCUGGAUGGUCGCCAGAAGUUACCGAAAGAUUAUUACAGGGAGUUCAUGAGAUUGCCAUACUUGUCCUUAACAAUAUUGACAUUAGGUGCCUACUUUGCUCACCCACUUAUGCAGGCUGCAAGCUUCCACCUUCACUGGUAGUGUUAGCUCAUAUACAGCCCCCCCCCCCCCNCCCAAUGGUGGCAUGAUAAGGUUUAUACAACUUAAUAAUACAAUCCAUCUUGUUGUAAUCGUCACACAAAUACCACGUAUAAAGCUCGAAAUUUGGCUCCUUAAAGUCUUUAAAAUGAACUUGAUUAUGGGCA